AUGAUAAAUGCGUACGUGAUGUUUUUUAAGGAAACAACACCAACACAAUUGAGAGGAACAUGUAGCUUUUUGAGUGAAGUUUCCUACAUUGCUGUUAGUGUAAUUGGAAUGGGUAUGGGAAUGGAUUUAAUGUUGGGGAGAAAUUUGUUGGCUCUUGUUGGUUUUGGAGCCAUUCCUGGCAUUUUGUCUAUUUUCAUUGUUCUCCCGCUAAGUGAAUCUCCAAAAUUUUUAUUAUUAAAUCGAAAUGAUAGAAAAGCGGCAAUUAAGUCUUUGGAAUUUUAUCAAGGAAAACAACCAGACAAUCACCAAAUGGCUAUAAAUGAAAUAUUAAAAGAAGCUGACACUUGUGGACAUAAAAGGAAGGAAGGGGGAGGACACCAUAAUAUAUCUUUAAUUAAAGCUUUAAUUCAAAUAUUAAAACAACCACAUUUACGGAAAGCGUUUAUUAUUGGGACGUUGUCUUUACAAAUUAUUGGUGAAUUUAUUAAAUUUAAUUUUAAUGAGGGGUUGGAAUUUUUUAAAAAUUUCAGAAAAUUUAAAAAAAAUUUUUCGAAAAUUUUUUGA